GCGGAAGCCUGGGAGGGUGUCGGGGCUGAGCCCCAAGCCGGCGCGUGGGGGAGGGGGUUCCCAGAAGCUAGCACUAGGGUGGGUGCCCCUGCCUCCGCGCCCUCCGAUUGCUGGAUGAUCCCGCCAUCCUCUGCGGGCGAAACUGAGUCACGGCGGGGCGUGCGUGGGGAGGGGGCCAGGGGCUUUAUCCACACAGGAACCGGGAGUCCUAUCCCCACCCAGGUCCAGCGCCGCACCCCCCCACCCCCACCCCGCUGCUGUGAGUCAGCGGCCGGCCGCGCCCCCUCGGCCCACUUCCUCCUCACCUUCCUGGGGCGGGCGGGGGGCGGUGAGAGGGAUGAGGCCCUCCAGGCCCAUCGCCCCCGUCUGUGCUGGGGAAGGGGUUCACCCCGCAGGAACCCUUCAUAAAUUGGCAGAGAAGGGAACUUUGGGAGUCUGAAGGUAGCCUUUAAGGGAGAAAAUUUGAGAGAAUCUAGGAUUAACCAGAUCGCUCCCCCCGCCCCCUCCAUUAAGCAGAAUGUGAAGAAAUGGAGAAGUCGAAGGGGAGGGUGAGAAGAAAUUGUGUCCCCAUUAAGAUCCUCCUAGGAAUUUCCAUCGUGGGAGAGAACGAGGGAUCCAGGAAGGAACCCUUACCCUCCACCAAACUUACCCCCGUAAUUUGGGGGCGACCCUCGGCAUGCAUCCCCAUGCAAUAACGUUGGGGAAGAGGUAAACAGCGGAAGUCUAGGGUUCCGCGUUGCCCUUUUAAGCGCCCUUCACCCCCCCCCACAAACUGCCUUGAGGUGUCCGCGGCCCCUUUAAGGCGCAGGGCAUUGUGGGUGCGGGGAGUGGAAUUUUGGAACGAAAUGUAGCGAAGAGAAGUACAGUAGUAAGAGUAACAUUGUACCCGCCGCCGGCCGAGGGGGCGCGCCGGGGACGGGACGCCGCACCCCCUUUCUGCCGCAGGGACCCCCGACCAAACCUCCAGAGGGAGGAGGCGCCUGAGGACCCGGCCCGGUCCCGUCCACGUUCCCCCCAGGAAGCCGGACUCUAUGGGGCGGGACCCUGGGGGAGACUGAGCAGAACCUGGAGCCAGCCCCGAACCCCUGAACCUUGAGCCAGGGGCGCCCCGGGAGCACCCACCCGUGGGUGCGCCGCCCGCCCGCUGAGCAGCCAUGAGUGAGACCGUGAUCUGCUCCAGCUGGGCCACCGUGAUGCUUUACGAUGACACCAACAAACGAUGGCUGCCGGCAGGCACGGGCCCCCAGGCUUUCAGCCGCGUCCAGAUCUACCACAACCCCACGGCCAAUUCCUUCAGGGUUGUCGGCUGGAAGAUGCAGCCAGACCAGCAGGUGGUCAUCAACUGUGCCAUCGUCCGGGGUAUCAAGUAUAACCAGGCCACCCCCAGCUUCCACCAGUGGCGCGACGCCCGCCAGGUCUGGGGCCUCAACUUCGGGAGCAAGGAGGACGCAGCACAGUUCGCCGCGGGCAUGGCCAGCGCCCUAGAGGCAUUGGAAGGAGGGGGGCCUCCGCCACCGCCACCACCAGCAGCACCUUCCACCUGGUCUGUCCAGAACGGUCCUGCCCCAGAGGAGGUGGAACAGCAGAAAAGGCAGCCCCCGGGCCCUCCGGAGCACAUGGAGCGCCGGGUCUCCAAUGCAGGAGGCCCACCUGCUCCUCCAGCUGGGGGGCCGCCCCCCCCUCCAGGACCUCCCCCUCCUCCGGGUCCCCCCCCACCUCCUGGGGUGUCCCCCUCAGGGGUCUCGGCCGCAGGGCAUGGAGCAGGGGGAGGCCCGCCCCCUGCGCCCCCUCUCCCCACAGCACAAGGCCCCAGUGGUGGCGGAACUGGGGCCCCCGGCCUUGCGGCCGCCAUUGCCGGAGCCAAACUCAGGAAAGUCAGCAAGCAGGAGGAGGCCUCAGGGGGGCCCUCAGCCCCCAAAGCAGACAGCGGCCGGAGCACGGGCGGGGGGCUGAUGGAAGAAAUGAACGCCAUGCUGGCCCGGAGAAGGAAAGCCACACAAGUUGGGGAGAAACCCCCCAAGGAUGAAUCUGCCAAUCAGGAGGAGCCGGAGGCUAGAGUCCCAGCCCAGAGUGAAUCUGUGCGGAGACCCUGGGAAAAGAACAGCACAACCUUGCCAAGGAUGAAGUCUUCUUCUUCCGUGACCACUUCUGAGGCCCACCCCUCUACGCCCAGCUCCAGUGAUGAGUCAGACCUGGAGAGAGUCAAACAGGAGCUUCUGGAAGAGGUGAGGAAGGAACUGCAGAAAGUGAAAGAGGAAAUCAUUGAAGCAUUUGUCCAGGAGCUGAGGAAGCGGGGUUCCCCCUGACCACAGGGCUCCCGAAAAUCCCAUAUGUCCUUUCUGCACACCCCGCCUGUCACCCUGCUUUCCCUGCCUCAACUUGACUUGGAAUUGGCUGAAGACUACACAGGAAUGCGUCGUCCCCGCUCCCCAUCCUACUUGGAAAAUUCCAAGGGGGUGUGGCUUCCUUGGCAACGUGCCCACACCCAUACUGGCUGCUGAUUGGCUGGGGAGGCCCCCACCCUUUGCUCCCUUUGGUCCUUCCCCUCUCCUUGGGGCUGGUUCCUCCGCUGGGGAUGUACCAAUGAACCCCACAGUAAGGGGGGAGGAAGGAGGGAAUCUCACAUUCCCUUGUUCUAGAUUCACUUUAACGCUUAAUGCCUUCGAAUUUUUGUUUUUUUAAGAAAAAAAAAUAUAUAUAUAUAUUUAGGUUUUUUGGGGGGGAAAGGGAAAUUUUUUUUUCUCUUUGGUUUUGAUAAAAUGGGGUAUGGGGAGUUUUUAAAUGCUGUGCCCCAGGCUUGUCCCAUUUGGGGCAGCUAUUUAAGGGGGGGGCGUGUCCCGCCAGGCUGGGGGCACCUCCACCCCCCACCCCAGGGAACUCCCUUCCCUUUGGCUCCUUCCCCUUUUCUAUGAGGAAUUAAGAUGCUGUAACUUUUUGGAACCUCAGUUUUGUUUUGUUUUUUUUUUUUUUUUUUUGUUUUGUUUUUUUAUUUGGGUAGGUUUUGGGGGCCAGGCCAUUUUUACCCCCUGGGGAAAAUCAAAGGAGGGAGAAAGGAAAAGGGGAGGAAACCUCCCCUCUCCCACCUUCACCUUUAGCUUCUUGAAAAAUUGGCCCCUACGGAAUAAAUCUGCCAGUUUUUAUAAAUGCUAA